GACGCAACAGUAAAUGUUUCAAUGCCAAGACUCUUUUAGCUCUGUAUUGUUACCCUGGAAACACUUGUUCAGAGUCAUGUCUAUCUCUGAGAACACUCACAGGGUUAGGACACACCCUGAGGCGCACCUCUUCUGCCAAACAAAAAUAGAAAAAAAAAAUCUCUUACCUCCGAAAACCUACAGGGAAAUUUGUGGAAUACAGGAAUAGUUUUGUGUGAUAGUUCAGCACAGUGGCUCUUUUCUGAUCUGUUGUAAAAUCAAAUAAUUUCCCAUUCAGGAGGACAAUUGCUGAGUGAGUCUAGCUCCAGCUCAGAUAAAGUGAAUGUAUGAGACAGCCACUUUUUCAGGUUGCCGUUUCAGGGGCGUGCCAACAUGUGUCAGCUACUGAUCCUGCAUGAGAAAGUCACAGUGAACUUAAAAGCAGCCUGCCAGCAACAAUAGCAACAACAGGUUUGUGUCGGUUCAGAGAAGAAAAUGGUCAUCUAAUGAUUGUGGUUUGGCUUUGCUUUCAAGUUUGGAUUUUGCACACAGGAAGUUAUGUUCCAUGAAAAUGAAGACAAAGUCAUGAAUGUUCCCGGAAUUUGUUCUGAUGGAUCGUCAUGUCGGCAUAUGUUUGCCCACUCUCUCAGAGUGAAGAAGCCAGGCUCACGUGUCAAACAUUUACACUGGUUGCACAUACAGCUGCUGGUCGUCCUAUUGGCAGGCCAGGCUUCCUGUAAUCAGACCUCUGCUGCCACUUCCCCUCUUACACUUCCUACAACAAAUGCACAGACUUCAGAUGAGAACAACAACAACAACAACAACAACUGCAGCUGCUCUGCUUACUGCAAUAGAACUGAUGCAUACUACACUUUUAAAAUGUCAACACAAGAUCCCCAGAUUAACUUUUCAUAUGUCUCCUCCCUGAUUUCUAAGAUAAAACGACUUAACUGCUCUCUCAGUGCAAAUAUUUCAUGUCCAUCGCCCAUCAUUGCAUCUCAAUACAAGGAUGGCAAUGUGGCCUGUGAAAGCACAACAACAAAUCUUCAAAGAUGUAGGGUGAUUUUAGUCUUUGCCAUUGAGGUUCCUAUCUGUGACGUGUCGGCAGCCGUGAUGAAUGUGUUUCAGUCUGAGAAACAAAUCACUUACAAUGGAGAAGUGGUCCAAGCAGCAAUUUGUGGAAAUUCAGAAGUCACCAACAAUCCACUAAACUUCCAGCUCUCAUGGAAUAAUGUUAGAAUAAACCCUGCUGACUUUUGUACGACAGUGACACAGUCUAACGUCCUUAAAUGUCAAAAAGGAAAAAAUGUUGUUGUGCUGCUGGAAAAGAAGUGUGAUCACCCCACCCGCCCAAAUGUGACAACCGUACAACCAAACGCCACCACCACAUCUGUAAAUGUAACUUCAUCCCCACUCAACACAACAGCCCUGAAUGGCACCACCACCACUGCUAAUGUCACAGCACGCAACACAACAGCCCUAAAUGCCACCACCACCGCUACUACUGUCACAGCACGCAACACCACAGCCCUGAAUGGCACCACCACCGCUGCUAAUGUCACAGCACGCAACACAACAGCCCUGAAUGCCACCACCACCGCUGCUAAUGUCACAGCAUGCAACACAACAGCCCUGAAUUCCACCAUCACCGUUGCUACUGACACAGCAUGCAACACAACAGCCCUGAAUGGCACCACCACCGUUGCUACUGUCACAGCACGCAACACAACAGCCCUGAAUGGCACCACCACCGUUGCUAUUGUCACAGCACACAACACAACAGCAACCACCACAAAUGUAUCUGUUUCUGGGACCACCGAGUCAGCUGACAGCCAAGCCAGCGCACUGCUUGACCAGACCAGUGACGUGUCCAAACUGAACUCCAGCCAGGUGGAUCAGCUGGUGUCUCAGCUGGAGAAUCUUUUGUCAGGCCCGACCGUCAGCCUGGCGCUGGGAAACACCUCCGUCCACAUUGUCAGCAAUCUGCUGGGUGCUUCUCCUGAGACGCUGUCCAACUCCUCUGAGAGGAUUAUAAGGAUUGUCGAUACAGUGGCAUUGAAGCUGGUCCUUGAAAAAGAGGCGGAGACCCUCUUGUCCCCGGCUGUGGCUCUCUCUGUGAAAUCAGCAGAUGGCAAUAACUUUCAGGAAACAUUUUUUUCCAUCUCAGCGCCCAAUAAUGUAGAGGUCCGUGGGGAUCCCAGGCUCAGAAGGAGUGUGACAACAGACUCCUCCAUCCCUCAGGGCUCCAUCAGGCUGCCCCCCUCUCUCACACAGGGCCUAACCUCACAGGAACAGCAGCUGGCCUCCAGAGUCCAGUUUAAUUUCUACCAGAAGAGCACAGUUUUCCAGGACAGAUCUUUGAGAGAACGCAAACUCAAUAGUGGGAUCCUGGGAGCGAGUGUGGCCAACCUGUCAAUCACAAGACUGCAGGACGAUGUUGUAAUUCACCUGAGGCACACAAAGCCCAUUCCAGGUAAUUUUGUGGCUACAUGUGUUUUCUGGGACUCCGCAUUAAAUGACGGAUCAGGUGGUUGGAAUCCAGAUGGCUGUUUUGUCCGAAACAGCACAGACAAUGAGACAGUUUGUGGCUGCAAUCAUUUAACCAGUUUUGCUAUCCUGCUGGACCUCUCCAGAAAGCCUCUAACGAGUAGCAUCCAGGACACCAUCCUUACCUUUAUCACAUAUAUUGGCUGUGGAAUCUCUGCCAUCUUCCUGUCUAUCACCCUUCUCACCUACUUGACCUUUGGGAAGUUGCGUAAGGAUAUUCCAUCCAAAAUCCUAAUCCAGCUGUGCCUGGCUCUGCUGAUGCUGAACCUGGUCUUCCUGGUGGAUGCGUGGCUGGCGCUCUACCCACAAGCCGUGGGCCUCUGCAUCUCCACAGCCUGGUUCCUUCACUACUUCCUGCUGGUUUCCUUCACCUGGAUGGGACUUGAGGCUGUCCACAUGUACCUGGCCCUUGUGAAAGUCUUCAAUAGCUACAUAUCAUGCCACAUGGUGAAGUUCUCGCUGGUCGGCUGGGGUGUCCCAAUGAUUGUGGUCAUUAUUGUCAUUGCGAUUAACAAGGAUAACUAUGGUCUUGUCUCCUAUGGAAAAUUUGCUGAUGGCACUAGUGAUGACUUCUGCUGGCUGAAAAAUGACAUUGCCUUCUAUGUGGCAGUGGUGGCUUAUUUCUGUGUCAUUUUUCUGUUCAACCUCGUCAUGUUCAUCGUGGUGUUGGUACAGCUGUGUCAGAUAAAGAGGCAGAACCCUCACAAUGCGCAUCACCGCACCGUACUGCAGGAUGUGCGCAGUGGGGUGGGGAUAACCAUCCUUCUGGGCCUCACUUGGGGCUUUGCCUUUUUUGCCUGGGGGCCUGUUAACCUGCCAUUCAUGUACCUCUUUGCCAUCUUUAAUUCUUUGCAAGGUUUCUUUAUAUUUGUGUUCCACUGUGCGGUGAAGGAAAAUGUGAGGAAGCAGUGGAGGACUUACCUGUGCUGCGGGAGAAUGAAACUAGCAGAGAACUCAGAAUGGAGUCGCACUGCUACACAGAAAACUGUGAAGAAGUUAUCAGUGACCAAACUAACAUCUCUUCAUUCCUCAAAGUCCUCCCAGUCCAACAACUCAACCAGCUCCUCUACCUUCCUUGUCAGUGACGAGCAGAUUAAUGGCAUUGGUAGCCCACUUGAAGACAGAGCAAUCACAGCUAAUGAAGAACCCAGCAUGGAUGUGAUCCUCAACGAGAUCAACAGGCAGUACAGAACCCAACAAGCGCUCUGAUCCAACAAGGACAGAACAGACUGUUUAAUGGUUUAAUAUUUUGAAAUACUUGUAUAUAAUGUAUAUUAAUAGAGUAAUUUAUGUACCGUCCAUCAGCAUGUCACAUGUUUUAUAUUCCUUGUAAUGCACUGAUGUUGACCAACAAAAAUAUUUAGUUUACCAUCAUAUAAGACAAAGAAAAGCUAGAAAUCUUCACAUUUCAGAAGCUGGAACCAGUGAAUUUUUCUGCUGGCCAUUUUUGCUUGUAAAAAUACAAUUACCAAAAUUGUCACCAAUUAAUUUUCUGUUGAUCAACUAAUCAUUUCAGUCUAAUUACACAUUUGGAGAACACGCUGGUUUUAAAAGAUGUGACCCAUAACACAGGUGUGCAAAACUUUAUCAAUGGCUCAUGUUGUAUCUAUAUUGUUUUCCUGCUCACUGUUUACAUACACAUACACAAAGUGUCCUUGAUUAUUAUUCAUCAAUUCCUUUUCUUUUGAAAAAUAAAUAAAUAAAUAAAGCCAAGACAUUUCCCCCAAACACUUUAAUUUUAGAUAGUCACAAAAAUGAUCUCAAGUGGGACAGAACAGCAUUUGGUGAAAUUAUAUUGAAUAAAUAAAUGUAACUCAGUCUCACAGGAUUGAUCACGCGUAAACGUGCUGUGUACUGUAUAUGCAAGCUACAUUCACUGUCCUUUACGUGCACCUAAUAGUCUUAAAAAACUUAAAAUAUAUCAGGAGAAACCAAAGGUGCUAAUAAAACAUAACAUAUAAAACAGCACAAGCACAGAGGUGGCAUUAAAGUCGUGGAAUUGUUUCCCUUUUAAAACACAUUUGGACUCAAACACUUCAGUCUCACUGGGCAUGAUCAAAUUGCCUUGAUACAACCUGAAAGAAUCAAAUCACAUUUGAGAGGCAGUAACAAAAACAGUGCUUAUAAGCAACUCAAUUCAGAUGUGCUGAGCCUAUAGAUUACCCUAUCACACAAUUUGAGCUCAUAACUCAGAGUAAAGAGAAAAAAAAAAAAAAAAA